CCCCCCCCCUCUGCCCCGAGUCAACAUCAUGAUGCGCUCUGUGUCUCUGGCUGCCAGCCGCGGCGUUCCCCGGCUCAUGGGCGCCCCCCUUGGUCGGGGGCUGUCCAGCGCUGCCUCGCCGCCGGCCGGCCCACAGCCCACGGUCGGCUCUAUCCCGGCCAGCAACACCGUUGCCCGGGCGGCUCUCGCCACGGCCCAGUCACUGGGCAUCGACCUGACGAGCAGUCAGCCUGCCAACCCGAAGACCGUCAUCCUCAUGAUGAACAUGGGCGGCCCGGCCAGCUCGGCCGAGGUGCAGCCCUUCCUGCACAACCUCUUCAGCGACAAUGACCUGAUCCCGCUGCCGGCGCAGAAGUUCCUGGCUCCGGUGAUUGCCAAGCGCCGGACCCCCAAGGUGGCGAGCCACUAUGACGAAAUCGGCGGCGGGAGCCCCAUCCGGACCUGGACCGAGGCCCAGGCCGCCGCCAUGGUCAAGCAUCUGGAUCGCCUGUCCCCGGAGACGGCCCCCCACGCGGCGGAGGUGUGCUUCCGAUAUGCCCCUCCGCUUACGGAGGAGGCCCUGAAUCGGGUGGAGGCCUACGGCCCGGGGGUCGAGCGGGUGGUGUGCUUUUCCCAGUACCCGCAGUAUUCCUGCUCGACGUCGGGGUCCUCCUUCAAUGAGCUGGCGCGCCAGGUGCGCGCUCGCGCCGCUGGCGGGGCCGACAUCUCGGCCGGGCCGCGCUACACCGCCAUCGACCGCUGGCCCCUGGCCCCGGGGCUGGUGGAGGCCUUCGCCGACAAUGUCAUCCACUCGCUGACCAAGCAGCUGAGCCCGUCGGAGGCCGAACAGACCUUCGUCCUCUUCUCGGCGCACUCUCUGCCAAUGUCCAUCGUCGAGCGUGGUGACCAGUAUCCCACCGAUGUGGCCGCCACCGCUUCGGCUGUCAUGGAGCACGUGCGCCAGAGCACCGGCCUGGCGCUCCCCUGGCGCGUGUGCUGGCAGUCGACUGUCGGCCCGCGGAGGUGGCUGUCCCCCUCGACGGAGAACAGCCUGAAGGCCCUCGGCCGGCAGCGGCGCCCGGUGGCCCUGGUGGUUCCGGUGGCCUUCACCUCGGACCAUAUCGAGACGCUGCACGAAUUGGACUUGGACUAUGGCCCCCAGGCCCAGUCGUGGGGCCUGCAGCGCAUCGUCCGCGCCGAGAGCCUGAACCUGCACCCGCGUUUCACGCUCGGCCUGGCCGAGAUUGUGGCCAACCAUCUGGCUGCCACGAAGGACGGCCGCUCGGACCCGGCCGGCGCCCUGUUCACGGCCCGCUGUCUUGGCUGCACGAAGGAGUCUUGCCAGGAGACGCGGGACUUCUUCGCCGAGCAGCGGUCUCCGUGCUCGGAGCAGAAGUAGAGGCGGAGCCCCCCUCUCUCCUUCCCUGCCGGGCUCCAUUCUGCAGUGCGCGGGCGAGUUGGCUUCGCCCCAGAUCGCGCAUAUCACGGACCCCGGUCACGUGCAUACAUACCUCGAUGCAUA